AUGCCAGCUGCAUUUACGGAAAUUAUAGAUGAUAUUGAAGAUUUAAUAUCUUCUCAAGAUAUCACGCCCAAAGAGAGAUAUGCUAGUAGAAAAAAUGUGAACGUGCGAUCAAAGCGACGGGAAAAAGUAAUCGAGACACCCGAGAAAAUUAUUUUGGAGAGUGUUGUCCCAGGCACCCAAACAAUAUACGUCAAGACAUGGGGUUGUGCACAUAACAACUCGGACUCGGAAUACAUGGCAGGGCUCCUGGCGGCUCAUGGUUAUAAACUCACAGAAGACAAAUGGCAAGCACAGCUGUGGCUGUUAAACUCUUGCACAGUAAAGAGUCCUUCAGAAGACCAUUUUAAGAAUGAAAUAGAGCUGGGUCAAAGUCGUGGGAUUCAUGUGGUGGUAGCUGGCUGUGUGCCUCAAGGUGCACCUCGUUCAUCAUACCUCGCAGGUCUUAGUGUGGUUGGUGUCCAGCAAAUCGAUAGGAUUGUAGAAAUUGUGGAAGAGACUUUAAAAGGCCACACUGUUCGUCUAUUUGGUACAAAGAAAACUGGUGAAGGCCGUAAAGCAGGUGGUGCAUCACUAUUGCUACCAAAAGUUCGCAAGAAUCCUCUGAUAGAGAUUAUCCCAAUAAAUACUGGAUGCCUCAACCAAUGUACAUAUUGCAAAACUAAACAUGCACGCGGGGAAUUGGGAAGUUACCCACCAGAUGAGAUUGUAGAAAGGGCUAGACAGUCAUUCAAAGAGGGUGUUGUUGAGAUCUGGUUGACGAGUGAAGACACAGGCACAUACGGCCGAGAUAUUGGAACGUCUCUUCCAGAAUUACUCUGGAAACUUGUGGAAGUUAUACCCGAAGGAUGUCGCUUACGUCUGGGCAUGACCAAUCCCCCAUAUAUUCUGGAGCAUCUGGAGGAAGUGGCUAAGAUCAUGCACCAUCCAAGAGUUUACAAGUUUCUUCAUGUUCCUGUUCAGUCAGGAAGCGAUCAGGUACUAUCAGACAUGAAGCGAGAGUACAGCCGGGCGGACUUUCAAAGAGUCGUUGAUUUUCUCCGAGGCGGAGUGCCCGGUAUGACUAUAGCCACUGAUAUAAUCUGUGGAUUCCCAACUGAAACCGAGCAAGACUUCGAGGACACGAUGUCUCUAUGUCGCCAGUACAAAUUUCCAUCGCUCUUCAUAAACCAGUUUUUCCCUAGAGCUGGAACGCCUGCAGCGAAUAUGCGAAAGGUCCCAGGACAAGAAGUAAAGAAACGCACCAAAGCUCUAUCUGAGUUUUUCAGAUCCUACGAACCGUAUGGCCACAAAGUGGGCGAAACUCAAGAGGUCUUAGUCACAGAUAUAUCUCACGACAAGAACUACUUCGUGGCCCACAACGAGUUCUACGAGCAGGUGUUGGUGCCAAAAGAAGACAAAUACAUGGGCAAAAUGCUGACAGUUAAAAUUACAAGUGCGACCAAAUUCUCAAUGUUGGGUGAGCCGAUUAAAAGACCCAGAAUGACGGGUCUUGUUCAGCCGCUGAAGAAGGGACAAGUGUCGGGACUGCAAGAGAGGAGUAAAAAGAUCCCGUUGCCCAUUUUUGUAUUGUUGGCCGCUGUGCUUUUACGAUUGUUAUGGAUAUUUUUAUAG